UUCUUCUUUUAAUGCUUUAGAAUCUAAACACACUCUUAUGGAAUCUUAUUACUACAGAGCUUUCAAACUAAGCCCUUACAGAACUUAUGCGCAGCCUCCUAUCUUUGACGGUAGUGAAAAUGGACUCAAGUUAUCGAUUAACAGAUAUGCUAGACAUUCAAAAGAAACAAGUUUAGAUUUUUCAGUUGACAACGCCAUAAUCGAGUCUAGCUAUCGGAUACCAAAUAUAAGUCCAGUACAUAAAUCUAGAGGCGGAUGCGCCGAUUGCAAGGGGUUGAUAAAUGACAAUUAUAUAGAACAUUUGAAGAUAUUUUACCAAAUUUUGCAAGAAGAGGAAAACGAAUUAUUACCCCCCGUCAGUGAUAACAAAGUUAACAAGAGGAAUGAGAUGAAUAUGAUAGAACCUCCGUACAAGUAUAUACAACCAACUACCGCCGCUAUGCCCAGAAGUUUUUUCAAAAGGCCGGAUACACCUUAUAACUUUGAUCGUAGCAUCGAUCGCUUCUCCAGUGGCGCCCAAUCCGCGGAAUCUCUAGAGAAAAAUGUAGGUGUGCAAAGAGUAUCCAGACCUAAAUCUCUCGAUAAACAUACUUCUACGGUUCAAAAUGUGAGCGUCUUUACCAAUGAAGAACCAGGAUUGGUAUACCGAGGAAUAGAACGUUUAGAGGAAUGGAUUAAUCCCAGACCUAUGGCCCGUGAUAGUAUACCCAUACAAUACAAAUACAAUCCUGGGAUCUUUAAUGAACCCAAUAUUCAAUCAAAUAUUAGCCAAUAUAAGAAAUACUCUCCAAAAGAUUUUGUCAGCGAUUCAGAACCAGUGUUAGAAAUAGGAGAACAGUACUACAAUAAUUAUAGAGCGAGCUUUGAAGGGCCUUACCCUUAUGAAAAUAUGUUUAAUUCUCAUAUGGCCCCUUUGUCUGGCAGAAAUAGAUUACUGAAUGACGUAGACACUUUGGCUAAUACCGCCAUAAAUAGUUUAAAUGGCGGUUAUUACAACCCACCAUUACAUCAAUUGCCCUAUUACGAAGGCAGAAAUCCCUGGGUACCAGAUUCUAUGACAUCUUUGCCGUCUGUUAAGAAACUUAAAGGGAAAAGCCCGAAAGUAAGGGAUUCCGAUAGAUAUUAUUUGACGGAAGAUGAAGAUAAAGUUAAGCCCAAUCAGAAAAAAAAGAAAAAAAGCGGAGGAAAAGGGAAAAAUAAGGAGCCUUCAGUCUCAGAUAGUACUGAAGCUUCAGAGGAUUUGGAAGAUUACCUAACAUCGAGUGACGAGGAUGAAGACGAUGAAAAACCUAAACCGAAAAGAAAAUCAAAAAGCGAGAAAAAGAUGGACACUGACAUAAAGCCUUCAUCUCCAUCGAUAAAAUCUAAGGCUAAGUCAAAACAUUCACAGGAUGCCAAUAAAGAAGUAAGACCCAGUUUCUCGCAUAAACCAGUUAUCGAGAAAUCACCGGAAACUAAAGCUGAUCAUAGAAAUCUUCCUAAAUCUAUACAUGAUGAUGGUGCUAUAUCUGGUAUUGAUCCUUCAUCCUUAUUACUGAAGGAUAAGGUAACAGAAGGCUUUAAGCCAGACAUUCCACCAGCAUACGCUAUUCAAGAAGGAGCGCCUAUUAAAAACUCUUCCCAACAUAUAGCCCAGAGCCCGAAGAAGCUAACUUCAACUCCGAAGAAUAUGUCUGCCGGGUUCUCAUCCGACGUAUCCUUGCCAUCUUCCAAUACUUCUCAAUUCAAGAUAGCUAAAGAAACGGAAGUGCAAACCAAAUUCCAACUUCCAAACCAUCCUACCCUCACCAGCCAAGAACAAUUCGAUGUGAUCAACAAAUCUAAAAAAUUGGGAAAUUUUAAAAUGAAAAAACCGCAUAUUGGUAGCAAUAUUGUCAUAAAAACUUUACCAUCCGCUAAUACUAAAACUGUUUAA